AUGAUGGAGAUGAAUGAUCUGUCUGAUGAGAAUUACUGUUUCAAGAGAGAAGACAAUCAUCUUGAAACAUUUACUCUUAUCUGGUUAGAGACCAAUAUCAAUUGUGAUCAAAAGCAUGAAGAUAUUGAAGAAAAGCUUCGUACUACUAUUAAUCAUAUCAAGAAAUUUGAUGAUUUGGACAAGUGUAAAAAGUACAUUGAAGAAGCAUCAAAAGAUAAUAAAUUAGUAGUUCUUAUUAGUGGUCAAUCGGGUCAACAAUUAGUCCCUUUAAUUCAUCAACUUCAGCAUAUUUCAGCAAUUUAUAUUAUUUCUGAAGACAAAAAUAAUAAAACUUGGGCUCGUGAUUUUCCUAAAUUGAAGACUGUGAAGAAAAGCCUCAAAAAUUUGACAUCGCAGAUCAAUGAAGAUUAUGCAAGACAAAGAAGAGUUCACGAAUCUGAGUGUUUCAACAUGUUCAUCGGCAUUAAUGAAGGAGGAACAUCAACAACAAGUAUCAAUGGCCAAUUUGUUUUUUCUCAACUACUUAUCGACUGUCUUCUUCGAUUAACAUCCAAUGAGAUGGAUAAAAAUGAAUUAAUCGAUUAUUAUGAGAAAGAAUACGAAGGAAGUUGUGUUCAACUCGCUAAGCUUAAUGAAUUUGAAAAGGAUUAUUCGCCUGAAAAUGCUUUAUGGUGGUAUACUCGUGAAUCAUUCUUCUAUAAGACCCUAAACGCAGCUCUACGUAAGCAGACUAUUGACAUAAUGUUCUUGUAUCGUUCGUACAUUUCUGAUAUACAUCGACAAUUACAACAUCAUCAAUUAAUGUGCCCUAUUCAAGUUUAUCGGAGCCAGUUGAUGUCGACUAGUGAGCUAAACUAUCUUCAACAGCAAAAAGGUCAACUUGUUUCUGUAAAUUCGUUUCUUUCCACCUCUACUGAUCGUGAAGUAGCUGACAUAUAUACGGGUGACACAACUCAGUACAAGAAUUUAGAACGAGUUUUAUUUGAGAUUGAUGCUGAUCCUAAAGUAGUCACAACGAAACCUUUUGCUGACAUUAGCAGACUUAGUCAUUUCCGUGAGGAAUCAGAGGUAUUGUUUAUGCUUGGCUCAAUUUUUCGUAUUGAAUCCAUCAAUUGUACUAAUCAACUCUGGACGAUUCAUAUGUCCUUAUGCCGUGAUGACGAACACGAUUUGAAGGAAGUUCUUGAAUAUAUGAAGAAACAAAAUGGUAUUGAACAGACGAAUCUAUGUACAUGGAGCAAGAUCCUAUUAAAGAUAGGCAAAUUCGAUCUGGCGAAAAAGUACUAUAUUCGUUGUGUCAAUGAACUCUUAGAUAAUGAUCCUUUACUUCUCAUGGCAUAUGAAGGACUUGCUGAUAUUGCUUAUCAACAAAAUGACUAUGAUGAAACUAUAAAAUGGCAGCAAAAAUUAAAUGAUUUCAAAGAUCGAAUGACACCAGCACCAAAAGUCAGCAAAUGGAAACAAAAUGGCAUCACUGUGGCUGGUGGAAAUGGACAAGGACCCCAAUUAAAUCAACUCCAUGGCCCUCGCGGAAUCUUUAUUGAUACAAAGAAAAAUAUUUUCAUUGCUGAUUUUUAUAAUCAUCGUAUUAUUGAAUGGAAAAACAAUGCAAAAGAAGGACAAAUCAUUGUCGGUAUUAAUGGGCAAGGAAAUCGUAUGGAUCAAUUGGAUCAUCCAACAGAU